AUGUCUGAUUCAAAAGAAGUUGAAUUCGUUUUGAAAGUUAUGGCAAACAAACAGAACAACAAACUACUAUUCCUAGAAGCUGGUACUGAUUUUACCGAUGUCUUAUUUAGCUUUCUGACAUUACCGUUGGGGACCAUUGUAAGAGUUUUGAAUCAGCACUAUGGAGAUGAAAAGGCACCGCCGAUAAUCGGAAGCUUAACCAGUUUGUACAAUGGCGUAGCCGAUUUGGACAGCGAUAAUUUUUUGUCGGAGGGUUGUAAGGCGAUGCUUCUCAGCCCAAGAAGCUCCUCCGAAUACGAACGCCGUCAACUAAAAAUCGAUAUCAACGGUACGUUUCAACCGGCCAAGUACUUUUGCUGUGAAGACGUUAACUGUGUUCAUUACAGACACGUAAAUAUAAGCAUGCACUACGACGCUCCUGUUUGCCGAUGUGGGAAAAGUCUGAAAAGAGAGCUUGUUAUAAGGGAUUCAUCUGGCAACAUUGAUGACGAUGACGGUGGCGGCGGUGGCGGCGGCGGUGGUGGUGGUGGUGGUGGUGGAAUUUUUACCAUAAAAAGAGCAUCUUUUUUAAUGUCCGGUGAUAUGCAGGUGGUUCCUAAUGUGGCUGGAUCAGUCAUUAAAACUCUUGGCAAUCUUGGCAUUACGGACGCGGAAGGAGCCGAACCAAGGAAUUCGACUUGUCGAUUGAAUUAUGAACCUGGUAUUGAGUGGUUGUCUUAUACCGGUCGGAAUCCUGCUAUUGAGUUUCGAAGCGGUUAUGGAAGGUAUGUUAGACAAGGACCGACAAUGUAUAUGGUGAGUGAUGAUUUGACCGUCACUCCUUUUACUAUGACAUCUACCCUUUCUAUGCUCAACAAAUUGAAAAUCCCGUAUUCUGAUGUCAAAGAAGUGAAGGUGCUAGUCGGAUUGCAAGAGGCUUUAAGCAUACUCAAGGCAUCUCUUACAUCCACUUGUGCUCUAACCAAUGGCUUGAACAUCAAUCCCAUCGUAAAGAAACAACCUAAGAAAGAACGCUCGUAA